AUGAGCGCUACCGAGAAACUCGAGAACACUCUUCUAGAGAGCAACACGCCAUCAAAUCUCUACAAGCCAUUGGAGCAGGGGAGCAAGAAAAUACGAGUGCUAUCAAUCCAGCCGCUGAGCGAUGAUGAAUCUUCAGAUGAGCCCGUCUCAUGUUCCAUGGAAGAAGUUGAUUUGUCGGACUGGACACCUACCUAUCAAUCUUUUCGUGACUCUUUGUCGCUGUCGGAGAACGAAUUUAGGCUCAUCGAAGGUCGCAUUCGUCAUGUGUUGUGGGAUCUCCACAACUACACCAUCCGUCACGGAUUACAUCUCAGGGAGAAUUUCAGCCCUCUUUCGCCGAUGGACGUGAAAGAGAACCUAUCUCUGCAUGCCUAUUGCGAUAAGCCUCUAGAGCAGUUCACCGCCCUCGAUGAUAGGUACAACUGGGGAGACUUUGUGGCGCUGAGUUAUGUGUGGGGGGACCAGACGCACAAGAAAACAAUCUCCCUCAAUGGGUCGCGUUUCGAAGUGGGAUCUAACCUCCAUGAGGCUCUUUUGAGCCUUCGGAACUCUUUGGAAGUCAAGUCACGAGCUUUGAAAGUCUGGAUUGAUGCAAUCUGUAUCAACCAGGAUGAUCUUCAGGAGAGAGCAACUGAAGUGCAGAAGAUGGAGCUGAUCUAUUCUGAAGCUCUCGUUGUAAGAGCCUGGCUAGGAAAUCCCUCUCCCGAGGUCUCCACUGAGUACUGA